AUGGGACUGGAGAACCACGACACCCUUGGUCCUGCUCACUUUAAGGGAGAAAUCAUCAAUGGAAAGAAAGCAGUGAAGAAUUCUCUACAGUACAUGGCCUCCAUGCAGCUGGAUGGAAAACAUUAUUGUGGAGGAUUUUUAAUUUCAGAAAAAUUCAUAUUGUCUGCAGCUCACUGUGACAAACCGGGCAACAUAAGUGUAAUUCUGGGUACUCAUAAUAUAAAAUCAAACCAGGGGAUCAGGGUCAGUGUAGUUCUAUCUACAAACCUACAGACUAUAAAGAUGCUGGUUCUGGGGGACUCAGGGGGCCCCUUGGUGUGCAAUGGCAUGGCCCGGGGUAUCGUCUCAUUCAACUUCCAUAAAAACUGUGACUACCCAAACCUGCCCAACGUUUAUAUCAAUGUCUCCAAGUUCUUACCCUGGAUAAGAAAAACAAUUAAAAAUGCUUCAUAGUCUGACAUUUUCAUUUCAGGUAUUUUCAGGUAUACAUACAGACAUUGCAUUCAUUUUAUAUUCUAUAGACAGCAUGAAUUUAUGCAUCUAAUUGAGAAAGUAUAUAUUUUA